UGUACUUUUAUUGUCCACUGGGGAGUGAAGAGGUGUGGAUGACAGAAGUCAUGAUUGGUUAGUGUCACCAUUUACCUUUUGAGACUUGUAACUGGGCCCUUCAGCAUUUUUUUUUCUUGAGUCUUUGACCAAUAGCAUGGCGAUGAUCUGUCUUGAGAAAGGGGUUGCUCUUAAUUGAUGAUAAGUUGUGAACUCUUUUCAGCACAGGAUAUUGUGUCCCAUUCUUAGAGUGAGAGAUCAGUGGUCCAUGGGUUUGUAUUUUCCAGGCUGCUCCACUGUUCAGGAUUCAAUCACAGGUCCAGACACGGUGAGAGGUCAGGCGCAGGGCUCCUUGACUGUGCAGUUCCAUUAUGACUCAUUCUGGAAGAAGUACAAGAAGUACUGGUGCCAAGGAGCUGAUUGGAGUACAUGUGAGAUCCUCAUUCGAACCGAUGCAUCAGAGCAGUUGGUGAGGAAGGACCGUGUGUCCAUCAGGGACGACAAGAAAGACUUCAUCGUCACAGUGACCAUGGAGGACCUGAGGAUAAGCGAUGCUGGCAUUUACUGGUGUGCGAUUCAGAGAACUGGAUUUCAUCCCCAUUUUGAAGUUAAUGUGAAUAUUGACCCAGCCCCAGAAACUUCAACUAAAAUGGUGUCAAUCAUGGCCCCAGUCCUGACAACCACAGCGUCAACCACCAUGGCCCCAGUCCUGACAACCACAGUGUCAACCAUGGAGAACACUGGCAACUAUGGAGGGACUCAAACCAACACCCACACCUGGCCCCUGCUGAGCAGCAUCUACUUCAAGCUCCUGGUCUUUCUGGAGGUGCCCCUGCUCCUGGGCAUGCUCAGUGCAGUCCUCUGCGUGAACAGGCCUCAGAGGUGCUCUGGGAGGAAGUGAAGUUGGUCUGGUGAAAGCCCAGAGUUCUGAUGCCCAGUAAAGAGAGAAACACCUUACAAAA